AUGGAACAAAAAAAAAUGGUUAACAUCUUGAAUUUUUCCUUUUUUGCUAUAUGCUUGAUAAUUUUCUUAAAAAGCAUAAAGGCUAAUAUACACAUUUCACACUUUACUUAUGAGGUUAAGACAUUUAGUGUUCAUGCUGAACAGUUUGAAACUCCAUACAUAGCCAUUUUGAAGAUAGAUGAAGAUGGCAUUGGUACUCCUAAUUUUGAGCUUAGUGAUAGCUAUGUGAUUUAUGAUGAUAAUGGAAUAAAUGAUUGUACUUUGCCUAGUCCUUAUUUGGGUAAAGUGAUUGCAAAAAUACAAGAUGGAAAAAAGUUCUUAUUUGUUCAAAAACAGGAUGCACAUAUUUUCAUUAAGGAUCAAAGUAAUAAAUGUUCUCUUAUAUCUCCCAUUGAGAAAUCUUUGCAUAUCCCUCAAACCAUUAAACAGAAUAAUGAGGAGAUAAAAGUAGGGGAAUUAACCGAUUGCAGCGAUGAUAACAUUGAUAAAUUCAAGUAUUAUUUUGGCCUUUUCGAUGAUUUUUUCAUUUCGGAAGAUGAAAAAUGUGAAACUGUUUUAAAGUCUUCAUUUGUGAAAAAUAUAGAUGUAUCAAAUUGCGUUGGCAUCAUUGGACAUGUAACAAAAUUCCAUGAAUUAAAUGAUGGCACCUAUUACACAUGUUUUAAAAAUAAUAACAUAAGUUUACUACUUAGCACAUUUGUUGUUGACAAAAAAAUUAUCCAUACUACAUUUUACUGUAAUUUUGAAAAUCCAUCCUGUUCUGUAACAAUUAAUGCUAUCCUUUUUCAAAAUGUAUCAAAUAUUACUGAUGAAACUUUAGUACUUAAAACAAAUUGUUCGGAUGCAACCAAUCCUAUCUUAAAAAAUGAUUAUAUAUUAGAUGGAGAAUAUUACACAUUCCAUUUUCCCAAUAAUAAUAGCACACACUACAAUGAGGUAUGCAUACUAGAUAAUCUAAAAUAUAAAGGGGUGGGUACCAUAAUUUUUCUACAGACAUAUAAACCAAUUAUCUGUUUCAUAGGUUCCGAAUGUGUUAUAAAAAUAUUUACUGAUAAGGAAAAAAUUAAGUAUAUUAUUGAUAAUGUAGAAAGCACUACUUUUACAUGGUCUUAUAAUACCUGUGACAAUAAAACCCUCGAAAAUGAAGAAAUAACAACGCACCUAAAACAACAAGAUGAUUAUUUGUAUCUGAUUAGUGAUAACCCUCUAGUUAAAGAAAAUAAUUUAUGUUUAAAGAAGAAAGAAAAAUAUGACCUCUUAUUAAGCAUAGAGUUGACGGUAAAUCCUCAAUACAAAAUAUAUUAUUCUCUAAUUAACUAUGUAAUUAUAAACCAUAUGGUACACACAUUUGAAUAUCAUAAUUACUCAGGCCCAUACCUAAAAUACGAAUGUUCUCAUAAGGCAACAGCACUAAAUGAAUAUAACAGUUUGAAAGAUAAUAAUGAUAAUGAAUUCAUAUUUAAAAAUGAGAAAUUAAAUUUUAAUAUAGAUUUCAAUGCCACUACUAUGAGAUUAUGUUUGAAACAAAUUAAUUAUUUUGAUAUAGGUUCAGUGAGAAUUGAGCAAAUUAUUAACUUUAAUGUAAAUUCAUUAGAUCCUAUAAGAUUUAGUGCCAUUAUAUCAUUAUAUAAUAAAGAUAUAAACACCAAACUUUUGAAAUUUGCAAUAAAGGAUAAUGAAAGUUGUCAUUCGAAUAAAGGUUUUUUCUUAAAAACCAAUAAUGAUUUCCCUAAGGAAUCUUUUUACAAAGAUAUUAUCAUUGAUGCAGAAGCAGAGUAUGAAGUAGAAAAUGUGAUCAAUUUAAAUAAACAUAGGUACUAUAUAUGUAUGUGUUCUCUUGAAGAAAAGUGUAACGAGAGUAACAACUUGGAUGAUUAUAAUUCAUACACGAAUAUUAAUAUAGACAAUUAUAUAACACCUUUAGAAAAAAAAAAAUAUGUUUGUAAAUUGUUUUACAUUUGUGCCUUUACUAUAAAAUUUCCAUCACAAAUCGUUUCAGACAUGUGGAUAUCAAAAAUUGGAACUUCAUGUAAUACAUAUGAAUUCGCAGAUGUAGAAAUUCACUACAAAAAGAAUAAUGAGAUAAGUGAUGAAGCAUCUAAUGUAACCGCUAUUGAUUUUACCAUAUCCUACAAGCUUAGUCAGAUGAAUAUAAAAUUGCUGAAUAGGGACAUAAGUAUUUGUGGAAAUUACAAAGAACAGAAAUUUAUAUUUUUCAUGGAAACAGAUUUUUUCAUUAUAUACAAUAAUAUUCCAAACACAAUAUUCGAUGUAAUUAAUAUAGGAUAUGAAAAAUUGUGCAAUGACAGAAAAACUCUGUACAUAUAUUCAUACUAUAAUGGGGAAACAAAUUUAUAUAAAAAGAUUGAAAUUGAUAAAAAUAAUAAUACCCCUAAAAUUCAAUUAAAUCUAGAAUAUGAUCAUUUAAAGUAUAAUAAAGUAUAUUUUAUAAAAGAAUGUCAUUAUUGUAAGCAUGUUCUCACCCAUAAUCCAGAGCAGGAUACUCACAUUUUUCAAGACGCUCCUAUGACGUCAGAAGUACGUCGGGAAAAAAGAGCGACACAGUAUAAUAAUAAUCAUUUUGCUCCAGAAGAAAUUAUAAAUAUAUAUAACUGUUCAAACCAAAUAUUGGAUAAUCAUGCAAUUACUAGUGCGAUCCUUUUUGAUGGACCAAAUAAAGAAGUUAAUUUUUAUUGUUACAUAGGUUCUGACUGUUCUUAUAAAGGACAAUUCACAUUGUUAUGGUAUCAUUACAGUAUAUAUGCUGAAAUUACAAAAACAAAAAGACUCACGAUACUCUAUGAAGAAAUACCAAAAAACAAAAACAACAAAUCUGAGAUAUUUUCGGGUAUAAGAAAUUCCUCUAUUACCCUUAAACUCUCGGGGCAUAAUAUGUAUGAAAUUAAACCAGGACCUUAUAAAAUAAUUUACUCAAGAAAGAUUUUGGGGAUAUUUAGAGAAAAUUAUAUUGGUAUACUUCACUACAUAGGUGCAUCGCAACAACUCAAUCAAAUUGUCAAUUUGAAUGAAACAGAAAUUACUCUUGACGGCUAUUUUAAGAAUAUUGAGCAUAGUAAAAUAAAAGUAAUAAGAUAUCCAACCUGUGAUUUUCUGAGUGUACUAUAUAAAAACAAUGAAUAUGCAGAAAGUGUAGCAAACAAAUUAAAAAGGGAAGCAAAAGAUGAAUCAAAAAAGGAGGGCAAAAUAGAAGAAAAUGAAGAAAAGGAAGGAAAAAUAAUGAAAAUAUAUAACACGCUAAGGACAGAAGUUCUAAAAAAUACUCAGGAAUGCUUAGAGUCUAGUGAUUUUAAGUUGACAUGCAAAAAUAUGAAACCAAUUAACACGAAAUUUUCUUUAUGUUGGUGUUAUGAAAAAAUUCCAGGAUUUUGUAAUUUUUUAGAAAAUAUGGAAUACUUAAUAACUGAAAUUUCUUCUUUAGAAUAUUCCAUAAAACCAAUAGUACCAAUAACCAAACCACCAAGUAAUGUCUUUAUGAAUUAUAGAAAUAAAGAGCAAUUUUUUUUACUAGAAGAUGAUUGUUCGAACAUCAAAAACUUUCAUUUGAAAUCCCAAUUAAAUGAAGAAGGUCAUAUUUUGAAUCUUUUUAAAGAAUUAGAAUUUCCCAAAAAAUAUAAUCUAUGUAUAUGUGAAAUUACAGAAAAUGAUGCUUGUGAUAAUGAAAAGCAGUUUAAACCUAUGGUUAUAAAAAUUGAUGAUGAUGAAUAUAACAAAAUACUACUAGAUGAUUUAAGUAAAUAUAAUACCAAAAUAUGGCCAGUAAAGGAUUUCAACUUCAGUUCAGAGUUUUUAAAGGGAUUAAAAACAGGUAUUAUGCAAGCUAUGGUUUUCUUACCUGGCUCUAAAGAAUACAAAGAGUAUAUCUGUUUUUCUGGAAUACCAUGUAAUACAUUUAUAAAAAUGCAGAAUGUUGUUGAUAAGGAAAAGAUGCAUACAAAAAAAGAAAGAAAAAUUAGGGAACAACGAAUACAUAAUCAAAAAGAAAUUGAUGCUUCAAAGAAAGGGGAUGAAAAAAAGGAUACUCUAGAGAAUAAAACAUAUUUCAGAAUUCAUAGUAAUACUGUAGAAGAAGAUAUAGAAAAAAUUUAUAUCACAUUAAGUGAUACAAAGGAGUGUAAAAAUGAGUAUGGAGAAAUUUAUGAAAGUGAACGUGGAAAUAUUGUUCUCAUUCAAGAAAUCGAAUAUUCUAAUCAACAAAUUAUAGAUGUUUUGUACGAUUUUAAAAUAGAUUUUGUACCUCCAGACAUAACAAGAACGUAUGAAAUAUGUGCAUUUCAUAGGCGCACUGAUAAAUUUUACUAUAACGUUGGAAGUGUUAUGUUCUAUGGUAUGUUUAAUGAAAAUAAGAAUAAAGAAAUAAUUUCUGGUGAUCCAUUCACAUUAGAAUUAAAACAAUUCUAUUCAAAAUACAAUAUAUUUAUCCGUUUCAUAUAUGAAAAAUAUGAAGAUUCGAAUGAGUGUAGAAAAAACGAUACUUACAGUGAGAGAGUUUUUCUCUCCGACACAGUUCAACAAUUAUUAACUUCUCAUACGCAAGAAGAAAUAGAAGAUAAUAUUAUACGUUAUGAAUGGAAAAAUUUAUUAAUAAUCUUAGAUGCAGACAACUACAGUUAUUUGUUUACGCAUAGAAACAAAGACAUAUCGCAUAAUAUAUAUGUGUGCACUUGUUAUGAAUUGAUAGAGGGAAAUUGCAGUACCACCGAUUUAUAUUAUACAAAAGCUAUGAAAAUUAAAGUGCAUACAGCUGUAUUAAUAGAACCUAAAAUAAACUCAACCAUACAUUUUAUGAAGCGAUUUAUUCUUAAAUUACAGACGUCCAAAGUACUAAAAGGGGCAAUUCGAAUUUUCCCAAUUGAUUUAAUGGAAGAUUUAAGUAAAUUAUGUUUGGAAAUUAAUCAAAGGAAAAUUUUUUUAACAUUUUAUCCACGGGUAAAUGAAUACGAACAAUAUUAUGAUGUACUUAUUAAUUUUCCUUCUCAAGGAAUUGUUGUGUGUUGGUGUUCAAAAGACAUAUGUGAUGAUAAUGAUUAUUUGACGAAGGUUGGAUUCUUUAAAUUAUCUAGCCCCAGUGUUUUAGAAGUGAACACAGAUAUUAAUGGAAACUUUUCCUUUUCAUAUUUAAAUGAAUGGAUAAACAUAAAUGACAGAAUCAGAUUUGUUGCAGAUUAUUCGUCAUGUUCAGAUGACAAAAAUGUAAACUUAUUUGAUAAUACCAUUCAAAUAAAUAACAUUAAUUAUAACAAUGAUUGGGAACAAAGUAUAGAGAUGUAUGGAAAGCCAAGGGAAAUAAUCAAAGAAAUAAAUGACUCAUUUACGUGGGUUUCUCAAAAUUAUAGGAUAAUCAAUAUUCAAGAAAAACAUAUAAAAAUAUGUUACUGUUUUUAUUAUACUAACGGAAAUUGCCAAGAUACGAGGAGUUAUACAUAUAUCGGCUUAGUUCACAACAACACGUUAAAUAAACGAAUUACACAAAAUAAGAAUCAAAUUGAUCAGACAUCUAAUUUGCAUUCAUUAAAUGGAAAUUCUAUAAAAUUUGUUGCUAUGAAUUCUUAUAACGACAAUAUAAAAGAUAUUUGUAAUACUCAAAAUAAUCAAAAUCUCACUCUUAUCCCUUUUUUCCAAAACAGUGCUUUUAUUUAUGCUAGUUUCAAAUCAAAAGUGUUAAAUAUUUUUAAAGAACAUUACAAAAAUGAGAUAAAUUUUGUUGUGUGUUACAGUUCAUACUUUUACACAUUUAAAAGUACGUAUCUAUUAAGAAUAAUAGAUUAUAAUGAACUAUCUCACACUUCCAAUCCACUUAAUCAUAAUUAUGUAUUAAGGCAUACAGGAUUUACAUUCAAUUCACAUCAAAAAAAAGAAGGCAGCGGUGUAAAUAUGAACAAAUUAAGGGCUCUGCUUCUAUCAUAUGUAAACAUAAAACCAAGAAGAGACAUUUUUUUUAACUAUUUUUUUGAAGAAAUGAAAUUCAAACAUCAUGAUAUGUCCAUUACAGAUAUUAAUGAUAAUAACAAAGACUACAAUAGUGAAGAUGAAAACGAGAUGAAUAACGAUAAUUCAAAUAAUAAAAAAAAGGGAAAUAUAAGUAAACAACUAAGGAAAAAGUUAAUAAUUGCUUUAUCAGUGUCCAAUAAAUCCCCAAGAGCUAACAGUAGAGAAAUAAUGCACUAUAAACAGAAGAGUGGAAUAACAAUUAACUUUAUACUGGAAAAUAUAAUUUUUACAGAAGAUACAUCAAUUGUACUAUGUUGUUAUAAUGGAAAUUAUGUGGAAGCAUUUUUAAUGGAUGGUAAAAAUUAUUACAUUAAUAAAGACGAUAAGUUGAACAUAUUACAUAACGUAUUAAAAGUUUAUCAUCCUAAUUUAGACCAAGAUAUUAAAAGGCAAAAUUUAAUCAUAGAACAAUUUACUAAUUUGUACGAAGAAUUUCGAAAAUAUAAUUAUAUAAUGGUAGAAAAUUCAAAUGAUGUGGGAUUUUAUAAGAAUCAUACACUAAUACAAUUAAAAAAUUCUAGUUUUAAAUUAAAGAUAUAUGGAAAAAAUAUUCCGGAUCAUGAAUACACAUUAUACAUCGUUGAAUUUAAUAACAAUUGCUAUAAGUUAGAUGUUAACCUACACUAUAUUGAAAAUAAUGAGUUCACUAUAAAACACAAAUACAUCAUUUUUAAACAAAUAGUUAUAAACAAAAUGAAUAAUUAUAAAUUGUGUAUAAUGGAUAAGUCACAAAAUAUAUAUUAUGAUGUAGGAAUUUUAAACAUUACCAAUUAUUACGUAGUACUAGAAUCAUUCUUUGAUGAAAAUAUCAUUUUUUCUAAUCUUGAAAAAAUGAAUAUUAUACUAAAUGUAUGCGCAAGUAACAAAUCACAUGAUGCCUAUGUUAUAAAAAGAAAUGGUAGUUUUAAAAUAACGCUUGAUAUGGAAAAAUUAGCAUUUUCUGAAAAAAGUGAAGAAUUAGGUAAAAUAUUUCCAGAAAUACAAAAUCAUCAAUUAAUAUCAUGCAAGAUUAAAGAACAUGGAACUAUAAUUUUAACAAAAAUGCAUAUAUUCUUUUACACAAGUGAUAACAAUCUUUCCUUUACAACUAAUCAUAAUUUGCUAAUUCCAGUUGAUAUAGAUUUUGAUGAACAAUACAUUUACAUAACCGACUUACAUUUAAGAAAAAUUGCACGCUUACAAAUUCUGUCUAAUGGAAUUCCUCAUAAUAUUAUCCAUAAAGGAAAAAAAAAAAGAAGUAUUCACAAUAAACAUUUAAAAUCCUAUCAACACAAUAUGGGAAUUUUUAAAAAAACAACGAUUAGCAAAAACAUGCAACAUGAUAAUCCAGCAAGCCAUCGUAAUGUGUACACAACUUAUGCAACGCAAAACACUAACCGAGGUAGUAAUUAUUCUGAAGAAUCGAAAACCAUAGAAAAUACAUUACAGAUGAACAAAGGAACAUUUAAAAAUGAUGCCAUUAUGCUGAAAAAUGCAAACAAAAGGAAUUACAACCAUAUGAACCAGGACAUCCAUCGAAAUUUCUUGAAUUUACGCAUGUUAAGGAAAGAUAUCAGAAAUGAAAAAAAUAAAACAUCUUCACUUCAAAAAAGUGAAAAAAGUAACCCACCAAAUAAGGACUUACGAGGAGAACAAAUAAUAUUAGAUGUUAAUCCUAAUGAUAAUGUAGGUGAUGGUUCAGCAAUUUCUCCUAAACCGAUAACGAAUAAAGGAAACAAUACUCUCAGCAAAAAUUUAAGAGAAUUAUAUAAUUAUCUACAAACAAAGAUAAGCAACAACAGUUUAACGAAGCAUUUGCAUAAAAUAUUGGGACGUGAAAAAAUAUCAAGGAAAAAAAGCUUCAUAUACACAUUUCUCGAUUUUUUCAAAAAGGAAAAAAAGAUCAUUCAGUCUAGUUACAAUACAAAUGAAAAGUAUCAACAAAUAAUGCCAUCUAACACUCCUGAAGAAACAAACAAACAAGAAAAUCAAUCAGUUGAAAAAAAUUUUAUCACAGUUGAACAACCCAGUAGAAAUGUUAGGAAAAAAAGAAAUGUUCCUAUAAAUAUAGACCAAUUAAUUUAUGAUAAUAUAAUCCAAAAAAAUAUUAAAAAGUUUCUAAAUCCGGUACAAACUCCAAAUUAUUUAUCAAACGAAAUAAAUUAUAUCGAUAUGAAAAAUUUAAAAACUCCCUUAUUUAUUAGCAUACAGGAUAAUUUACUAUACAUAUUAGAUUCCACAAGAAAUAAUUUUUUUAGCUACAACUUGCAAAGUAAAGAAAUUACUGAACUAGAAGAUUAUAACGCGUCAUCGCAUAAAUUCAUUUUAAAAAAUCCACUAAAUUUCUACAUAUAUCAUGGAGAACAAACAGGGCAUACCACACACAGAACAAAUAUAGCAUUCGUUACACAAAUAAAAAGUAACGAAAUUAAAAUCAUAGAUUUAAAUAAGAAGAAAUAUAAAAUUGUUAAAGCAAUCCAAUUAAGGAAAGGUUACAAAAAUAAUGGUAUUAAUAAAGUAAUAGCAAUAGAUCAAAAUUUAUUAAUAGUUACGUCACAAGUGUACAAGGGUAAUAUAAUUUAUCACUAUCAUUUCAAUUCAUUUGAUCACUAUUUUAGAAUGUCUUUUGACUACAUUUUUGCAGAAAAUUAUAAUUCAAAUGAUAUUUUAAACAUAGAACCACAAAUAGGUAUAUACAGCGAUUCAGUUAUAUUCUUUUGUUUCCUGAAUUCUGAUAACAAAUGCACAAAUGUGGACGAAUUAACAAAAUUAAACAUUUCAUAUGAAACUGGAAUAAUAACGGGAAAAUUAAAUUACUUUGGAGUUUUUCAAUUAAAAAUAUUUGCCAAAACUCAUUUUCAACACCAAAUUAAAAUAUAUAAGGAUUUAUUUUCCUACUGUGAUGUAGGAAAACAAUUUAAUGUUGAAAAUAAAGCAUGUGAAAGUUGUCCUAUAGGAACUUUUUGGGAUAAUGUGGAAUUAAAAUGCGAAAAAUGUGAAAAAUACUUUAAAAAUACAUCAACAUUGAAAAGUGGAUCCAAACUAAUAACAGACUGCUUAUGUUCAUCUGGAUAUGAAUUUUCUGAAAAAACUGCAAGUUGUGAACAGUGCAAACCUGGUUAUUACAAAAAAAGUACUGGUAAUUUUAUAUGUAUCAAAGGAUGUCCCAUCAACAGAAAUAGCAUUGUAUAUGGAGCUAAAAGUUAUGAUGAAAUGUCUUGUACAUGUAAUGAAGGAUAUUUCGAAAGCAACAAUAAAUGUUUAUUAUGCCGAAAAGAUUAUUAUUGUCCUGGAAAUGGUGUAAUAAUUCAAUGUAAUAAAUAUGAAAUAUCUAAAGAAGGAGCAAAAUCAAAGAAUGAGUGCAUAUGUAAAGAAAAUUUUAUAUUUGAUGAAAAAAAUAAAACUUGUAUCUACGUUUCUUUUAUUGGUAAAGUAAAAGGAGAUGUUAUCUAUUGCUCUUUGUAUGAUCCAAUAUAUUUAGACACAAAUAUUUUUGCAAUUCCUAAUAAUCAUAACUAUGGUUUAGUCGACACCGUGUAUAAUUAUGAUGAAGAUCUUCUCUUGAAAGAAAACACAUUCCAAUACGCUUAUUUUGACAAAAAUAAUUCUGACCAUGAUAACACAAAAAUUAAAAUUCUUAACAUUAAUAAUGAACAGAUUCAAAGGAAUAAUGAUAACAAUCGUAAUAGAGAAAUAUUUGCAAUAGAGGUUGAUAUCCCCAAACCAACAAAAUGCAAAUUAUGUGAAAGUGGGUAUUAUCUGGAUAAUAAAAGGGAAAAAUGUAUACCAUGUAGUAACAAAUACUGUGAAGGCUUUGAUCAAAAUCAAAAAGGAUGUCCCAAAAAUUCUAUAGUAAAUCGAAAAAAGGCCUCCUCCAUUUUUGACUGUCAAUGCAAAAGUGGAUAUGGUUCUAUAAACCAAAGAAGAAACAAGUAUAGUAACAAAUUGAGUUGUAAAAUUUGUCCAAAGAAUUUUUUUAAACAUAAUAUAUCAGAGGAAUUAUGUCUUCCGUGCCCUCACAAUACCUACACAGAAUCAGAAGGAUCGACGUCGAUACAAAACUGUUUGCCAUUGGAGGGAUAUUUUCUUCUCAUGUUCAGGACUAUAAAUAUAGAAUACGUAAGGUAUAAAUUCGAUAUAAAUUCAGAAAAUAGAAUUUACAGUUAUUUCAAGGACAAUGUUAAGAGUUUAGAUGACGAUGUUUAUCAACUGUUUUUAGAUCAAAAUUUUAAUGAACUUUUUCACAAUUUAGAUAAUAAUCAUGGAAAAAAUACGCACACUGGGCACCGAAAUGGGAAUAAAAAUGAUCAAGUAGAGGUACAACCAAAUGGAAUAAACGCAGAAAAGAAUAAAUAUAACCUAAAAAAUCUACAAAAUCUCGAUUUUUUAAAACGAACGUCCCUAUUUAGUAUAUUCAUUGUACUGUUGAAAAACAUAGAAGAACACUACAACUGGGAAUCGGAUAAGAUGUUGAAUGUGACCUGCCAUGUAAAUCUACAUUUGAAAAAUAAUCCCAAUUACACUAUCUCUUACAAACCUAAUUUACAAUCCUGCGUACACACCUGUAAAACGAAUAUCUACUGUACAGGAGUCGAAUUUUCAAGGAAAAAUGUAGCAUAUACACAAAUAUUUUUAAAAAAUAAUCAAAAAAAAAUUGUUGGAUAUUUUAAAUGUAAACAUUAUUUUUUCGAAGAUAUUUAUGAUUACACUUCCCAUUUAGACCAUUUUUUGGAUGAAAACAUAGAAAAAAGUGUACCAUCCAAAAUUCCUUCAGAAUAUAUAAAUUUUAUAUUAAGAAAUAAAAAAAAUACUAUUUUUACAUGCUCAAUCAAUAGAGAUAGUAAAUAUUUAUUAUAUAAAAAAUAUCAAGUCCUUGGGUGCUUUAUGGAAAAAUUCUGCCCAGGGAAUCAUACUCCAUACUUAAUAACAUGUCCACCUAAUUCUAAAACAGAAGUUGUAUUAGCUACAGGUGUUGAUAAAUGUUUAUGCUUAAAAGGUUAUUCAUAUGCCGGAAUUGUCACGCACAGAUGCUCUGUGUGCGAUAGAGGUACUUACAAAAAUUCGACAGGAAAUUUUAAGUGCGAAAAUUGCCCAUUAACCUUUUCAACGGCCAAUAUAGGAUCGACAAGCAUUAACGAUUGCUCGUGCACCCCAGGAAAUUAUCUCGAUUUUGAUACAUUGCAAAAUUUUAUUAAUUCAGAAAAAAUUAAUUACAAAAAUAUCAUUGAAAAAUAUUUUAUUGUUCCGAAAAAGAAAGAAAAUAAUAUAUAUUACACGACAGAAAUAAUAAAAAUCAGUUUGAAUACUCUAAGCAAAGAAGAAGUUAUUGAAGGCAACAAUCAAACGUUAAAACGUUAUAUAGCUGUCUGUAAACCAUGCUCUUUAGAUAAUCAUUAUUGUGAAGGAGGAAUAAAAUCGAAUUUGAUUUUAAAUAACAAACUCGUAGAAGGCCAAUUUCACACAUUACCCAAAAAAUGCCCUAAAGAAUUAGUUAUUCCAAAAGGGAUAAAACAGAGAAAUUCAAUAAAUAAUUGUUUAUGUAUUCAUGGAAAAGUUUUGAGAGCUUCAAAAGAUAAAAAAGUAAAGUGUUUCCCAUGCCCUCCUAACACAUUCAAGGAAAGUGAAUAUGAUAAUAGCUGUUCUGGAGUUUGUCCACAUUUCUCGACAACAUUUGUAGGUUCAUCAUAUGAAAACCAAUGUUUUUGUAAAAACAAUUAUUUCCUUGUCACUUCGGAAGACGAAAAUGAAAAUUCUACAAAUUCUAAAACUCCAAAGAAUAACAAACACAUCAAAAGUUGCAAAAUGUGCCCCAAAGGAGCUGUGUGUAACAGAGGUUUUAAUAUUCACCUUUUUCUCACAUUGUUGAAAAAUAGGGCAUAUAACGAUAUAAGUAUUUUAGACCAUGAAAAUCCAUAUCCUAUAUCUGGACAUUAUGCAGUUUACAAGGAAAAAAAUUUGGAUAAUGAUUGGAGUCCCCUAGAUGAUAAUAACGAAUUAAAAUAUUCUUACCCAUAUUACAAUUUACUCUUGUUUAUUCAAAAAAAUAUCGAAAAAAAAAAUUAUUUUUUUUUUGAUAAAAGUCAAGAUUUAUACCUAAAUAUGGAAUUCAUAGAAAAAAUAAACAAAAAAAAUGUGAAUAAGGAAAUAUCAAAUGAAGUAGAUAAAGAAGAAACACAUAAUUUGCUAUUCCUUCAGACAAACGCCAUUACAUUUUUACAAAAUGUACAAAAUGAACAAAAUAAUGACAAAAGAGGAAAAAAUUCAAAUGAGAGUGAUACAAAUAAUUAUGCAAAAAACAUUUAUUUUUAUUUAAAAAAAAUGUUAUCUAUUUCUUCACCAACAAAGCCUCAUGGAUCUCCAACACAUGCCUUUCUACAAAGUAAUGAAAAGACACUAUCAGUUGAAGAAAUGUUUAACAAGUAUAUAAAUGAGGCGAAUGAAUUAAGAAAAAAAAACAAAAAAUUUGAAAGGUUACCGGACAUUCACCAAUGUACAUUACCUGACAGAUGUCUAGGAACCAUAACAAAUUUAUGUCAAAAAGGUUCCACAGGAUAUCAAUGUAAUAAUUGUGAAAAAGGAUACGAUAUGCACUAUUUUAAAUCUAAAUGCCACAGGUGUUCAGUUUUAUUCUAUGAUAUAUUAUAUAUAAUAUUAUUAAAACUUGUUUAUUAUAUUAUUAUUAUUAUCAUCGUUUCACUGAACUAUAAUAGUUCUUUAAACAUAUUUUACAUAAGUGGUAUUUUAAUGAAAAUUUGGUUCAAUUGUUCAUUUACCCUUAUCGCGUAUGGUUUUUUUUCACCUACUAUAAAUUCAUUUAUUACAAAAUACUGGUACAUAUAUAAAAUCUUAUUCCUUUUCCAUCUGAAAAUGUUUUCAUUUUACAUGAGGAUUGGUUGUUUUGUUCACUACUACGAUUCAGACAUGCAUUACAACGAGAUAUGGUAUUUGCAGAAAUAUAUGAAUAUCUUUAUGCCUUUAUUUGAUGCCAUAUUUAUAACGCUCAUCAUGUUUCUUAUCAUUCAUUUAUAUAAAACAUGGCACAAAAAGGAGAUACAAAAAUUCGAAUAUAUGUUGUGCACAAUUCCAGAAAUGAAGGAAAAAUACAAACUGGAGUGCCUAACAGAUGAACAAAAUGACAAACCAGUUCUAAAAAAAGGAAAGAAAAAAAAAAUUUAUAUAUGUAACAAUGUAAAGGAAGAGGAUGAAGAAUCCUGUAACCAUUCAACAGUAACACACGAUAUAGAAAAAAAUUGUAUGGAUGAUUCGGAAAAUAUCGAGGAAAAAAAUAACAAAUUAGAGAUAAGUAAUGAAAACACUAUUGGUUUCAUGAAAAGAAAAAAAAAUAAAAUAUUUUUUAAAGAUGAUAUAUCAAAACAUGUGCAAAGUGAACCUAUUGAAAAUUCAGAUGGAUACAACAAAAAUAAGGAAUAUUCAAAAUACGAGUUGAAACAUGUGAAAAGUGAUAAUCAAAUGUAUAGUACAUACUUAAACGAAACCAUUGAGACUAUUUAUAAUAAAAAAAUGUUUGGGCCUUGGCGAUUUAUAAAUAAAAGAAAUGAAAAAUUAAGAAAAAGACUCUUCUUAUUUUUAAAUGACACAUUUCCAUGUUACAUUUUAAUUAUUGCCUUGUCAACGCCAUAUGUACUUAUGGAAGUUAUUCAACUUUUCUUUUGCAAACCAGUAAAAUAUAAAUCACAAGAAUCAGAAUUGUAUUUAGCCUAUUUGACCACACAAAAGUGCACAAUUGCUUCACAUUCGUUCCUAAUUGGACUUAUUAUAUUUUUCCUUGUCUUAUUUUUUUAUGCUGGCUUUUGCGUAAUUUUACUGUCCUUAUAUUCGAAGAGAAAUAAGUACAGAUUAUUUGAUAUUUUAUUAUCAAAUUUAUUAGUAGGGUAUAGACAAGGCAUGGAAAUAUUUGAAUUUAUAUUUAUCUUGAAAAAUUUUAUUCUCGUAUUAUUAAUAACAUUUAAUAUUCAGUACCAUUUUUACUAUAUUAUCCUAGUCACAUUAAUAUUAACAACAUUCUCAAUUCUGGAAAUAUAUUCAAACCCCUUUGAUGGCAGAUCUUUUAACAUACUAAACAGAUCUUUACGUUUUGGGAGCACUCUAAACAUUUUCAUUUCUCUUACUAUUUGGGGAAGUUUUUAUUGGAAUUAUGAAAAGUUUUUUCUUCUUCCAAUUUUAGUUAUUCUUUUUUACCAUUUUUACAUGCUUUAUAAUAUAAUCCGGGAAAUUAUAUUAUCUAGGUAUUUUAUGAAUACAGAAAAUCCUAUAAAUAUAAAAACUACUGGAUAUGGGGAAAAUAACAUUAAACAUACAAAUUAUAAAUUAUACUAUAAAGUUAUGCAUAAAAUCAAAUUUUUUUUAAAUAAAAGUCAAAAAAAAACAAUAUCCAUGUUUUCUGAAAAUAAGACUAGCCCAAAUUACGCAAAUAGACAAUCAAAAGAAAAUAUAAAAUUUGAAUCAAUAGAUAAUAUUAUAAAAAGAUAUAAUAUUAAUUUUAACACUGAUCUAAGAAAAGAACAUAAUAUAAAAUAUAAUGCUGAAGGAAAAAAGAAAGAAAAGGAAAUAUUUUGUAUUAAGAAAAACCAUUUGCCCAGAAACAUUAACAAUGUAGCACUUAUAUGGUAUGAUGAACAAAAUGAAGACCUUUUAUUCCAAAUGCCUUAUGAAAAUAAAUUUUGCCUAGAUUUAAAUGGAGAUAUAUCUAAAAGUAAAAAAAGAAAAUUCUUUAACAUUUUUCCAAAUUAUGCAAGAGAUAAAAGAAGAACAAAAAAUAUAAAAUAUUUUGUAUCAGCUAUAAUACAAGUUAUAGACAAAUUUUUAGGGGCGUCUAAGGUAGGUUCUAUAUACGAAAAUUGGUUUGAUUUUUCCAUGAGAUUUGCCUUUGUCUACAUAUCUUGGAUUAAAAAAAUUAAUAAAACCAACAAAAUUCUUCCACACACCAUGGAUCAGUUAAGAAUGAACAUAGAUCAAUACAUAUUUAUUCCUCUGUUUCAUAAAUAUGAACUCAUCAAGCACGGUGAAGGGAAAUUUAAUGCUUCCAAAAACAAUGAACCAAUCGAAAUGAUUGAAAAAAAGCACAGUUUUGAAAACACGGAGAUAAAAAUUAGUCGUAGCUAUGGAUCAUAUAAUCAUAUGGGAACAUUAAAAAAUAGGAAGCACACAGAGGAGAACAAUAAUAAUGCCAAAUAUGAUAAUUGCACAGAUGAUUUGAUAUCAGAAAAAGAUUUGGACUCUUUGAAUUUAACAACAAAUGAUAAUAAUGAAACAAGGAGAAAUAGUGAGGAAAAUGAACCAUUGGACGUUUUAAGUUAUUUAAAGAAAAAAGAAAAAAAAAAAAAAAAAAAAAAAAAGGCCAAAGAAAAGUUAAAUAAAAAAAUUGCAAAAAUGGAUAAGCCAGAUAUUUCAGAACAUAUUAACCAAAAAGAUAAUUCUAGCAAUUUUGAAAACAUUUUUAACAACCGUUCCAUAGAUAUCUUUACCUCAGAAAUGUUUAAUGAAAGUACCUUUAAUAUGCUUAUUUCAUUAUCCGAAUUAUACGUAGCUAUGAAAACUUUAAAAUUAAUGGAUAUACGUAUUUUUACGAAAAUUUAUCAACUUUAUAAUGAAAAGUUCAUAAAAUUUGAAAAAAGUAUAACAUAUUAUAUAAAUAAAUUAAGAGAUGAAAUAAAACUAGAAAUAGAAGAAAUUGAUAAUGAAAUAAAAACUGGAGAUACUACAGAAAAAAUAAGAAUAAAAAAUUAUUACUUUUAUAAAGAAGAAUUAAAUAAGAGAAAAAAACUUGAGCAAGAAUUAAUGUGUAAGAUUGAAUGCUUAGAACAGUGUAUAGAAGCAAACAAAAGGUCGCAAGUAAUAAGGGAUAUGUUAAAAAAUUCUAGAAAUCACAUGCAAAAUGUUGGAAAUGUGGACAGCGAUAUUAAUUAUGUAUUCUCUCUUUUAUAUAAUGAGGGUACUUACAAACUCGAUCAUUCGAAGACCAAGGAACAAAAUGAGUAA